AUGAACAACUAUGGGAUCAUCCUCAGUGACAUAGGCCUGGAGCCAUUCGUGGACAAGCUCCAGGGCCUUCUACAGCCAGUGGGGCGCUUGCUCUUCCCUGGCCCUGGCAGCGACUGGGACGGCCACCACUGCUUUACCGUUCGGUACCGCGAUGGCGAGGAUCUCGGGCUGGACGUGCACACAGACGACUCGGACGUGACCUUCAACGUGUGCUUGGGGCUCAACUUCACUGGAGCCGGGCUGCAGUUUUGUGGCGCCAUGGGGCAUGCCCAGCACCGUCGGCACAGCUUCACGUACCAGCAUGAGAAGGGGCGUUGUGUCGUCCACCUCGGGAGAAGACGCCACGGCGCGGACGACAUUCUGUCUGGCGAGCGGAUCAAUCUUCGGCGGAUCCUGUGGAACCACGGCUCCACGUACCGCAAGAGCGGCCGCUACCAGCGGCCACCCUACGCGAAGGAGGCCGGCCCGCCAGACGCCGAGUGCGUCAGCUACACGCACGACCGGGACUACGGCCGCUUCAAGGAGUACCCCGUCGGCAGGGAGAGCUUCCGUGGGAAAGGGUGGUGCCCUCCCUCUUCUCGACGUACGACGGGUUUCGCUCCGAAGUGGACGCCCGCGCAGCGCAGCCGAGGCCAGGCGACGUGUGGGGGCCGUAGAGGCCGCGGCGCAGCCGCCGCGGUGGUCGAGCGCGCUGGCCUGGAGUGUCCGGGCACUGCCGGCACUGAUCCCUGCCUGGGAACAUUUCGUGGAUACCCGAGUCUCGGAGUCAUUUCCCAAAAGCGCGACGACGGUCGGACAAUGUAUUGGGAAGCCAUCUCCCGUAUGACAGCCUGUCUAUAUAUGGCUGGACGCUUCAGUUUCACUCGUGUGCGCGGCAUCUGA